AUGAGAGGCAUUGCUUGGAACUGUAGAGGGUUAGGGCAGACCUCUACAGUUCUUGAACUAAAGUCCCUGAUUAGAGCUCGCACCCCUGAUUUUGUCUUCCUAUUCGAGCUUAAAGUGGAUGCUACACCUCUGGUACGUAUGCUAAAAUCACUCCACUUUUAUUUUAAUAUUAUUGUGCCGCCUAUUGGUAUAGCUGGGGGAAUUCUCUUGGCUUGGAAGUUUGGAUUUGAUUUUGAGUGUAUAGAUUGCUCUCAUAACCAUAUCACUGGUCUUGUUUAUUCGGAUCCUCCGUCACACCCUUGGCUCCUCUCGUGUGUGUAUGGCCCUCCUUACCAAAAUGCUAAGAAGAAGUUUUGGUCUGAGCUGAUGGACUAUGGGGAUAGGUUUGGCGGGCCCUGGUUGAUAUUGGGAGAUACUAAUUUUGUUUUAAGUAGCUCAGAACGGGAAGGAUCCUCGGGUAGAGACCCCUUUAUCCCCUUUAUUACCGACCUUGUGGAUUCUAGAGGCCUUAUUAAUAUGCCCAUUCAAGGUGAUAAGAUGACUUGGGAUAAUCACCGUUCUGGUAGGAGCCAUGUGAAAUCUGCACUCCAUAAAGGUUUGAUUAAUGGAGCUUGGUUGAAUCUAUUCCCUAAAGUUAUUCUUUGCUCCUCCCAGACUUGUAAUUCUGAUCAUAGGCCUCUUUGUCUUCUCUCGAGUGGGGUGGAGCCGAAAUUUAAAAGAACCUUCAGAUUUGAGGAAGGUUGGACAAGAGAUGUAAGGAGUAAACUGGUGGUUACCAAUGCGUGGGUGUCGGUUGUUCACCCUUGGGCCCCAGCGCGAGUCUACAAGAAAGUUGGAGCGACUCGUGUUGCUCUUCUCAAUUAG